AUGAAAGGGGUUCAGAAGGGUUUGGCAAGGCCAGUAAAGAUGGCCAGUUCGAGACCACUACUCUCUGACUCUGAUUCAGCUCAAAACCUUCCAUCUCUAGACGACAUGAUCGAACAAUACAUAGGAAACUUCGGAUGGGCUCAGGUCUUCCAAUCCUUCCUUCUCUCCAUGGCCUGGUUCUUCGAUGCCCAACAAACAUUCAUCACCAUCUUCUCCGAUAAACAACCUUCAUGGCACUGCACCGAUCAACUCACCUGCAACUCCGAAUCUAACUUAUGCAACCUCUCAAACACUUCAUGGGCAUGGGACUACCCUAUUUACACCUCCACCGUAUCAGAAUGGAACCGUCAGUGUUCAAACUCAAUCAUCGCCGGCCUUCCAUCGUCGGUGUACUUCAUGGGUUGUGUGUUCGGAGGUCUCUUCUUGACAACAAUGGCGGACACGUCUCUGGGUCGCAAGAAAUUAUUGUUACUAUCAUGUUUCGCCAUGUCUAUAGCUUUACUUUUGACUGUGUUGUCCACUAACAUUUGGGUCUACGCAGUAUUGAGAUUCAUCACCGGUUGUGGCCGGUCGUCGGUCGGAGGUUGUGCUCUGGUUUUAGUGUCGGCGAUCAUCGGAAAACGGUACAGAGGCCAAGUGGGUACAAUUAGUUUCCUUUGGUUCACACUGGGUUUUCUUUCUUUACCUGGUAUAGCUUAUCUGAACCGAGGUCAUUCAUGGCGGACUCUAUAUCUAUUCACUUCGAUUCCUGGAAUUCUCUUCUGUGUACCAGUCUAUAUGUUCGUUUGCGAAUCACCCAGAUGGCUUCUUAUGCAAGGACGCGAAGAAGAAGCUGUUGGGACAUUGAAAAAAAUGGCAACAUCCAACUGUGGAGAGAAAGAAUUGUCCUUUGCGAAACGGAAGACGGAAAUGGAGAGGAUUGAUUUCUUCUCUGUAACCAAGAUGUUGUUGCAGAAGAGAUGGGCUGCUCAACGGUUACUCGCCGCCAUGGUACUGUUGGAAUAA